CAAAUCCAGGAAAACAUCCGAAAAAGACCCUUGGUCGUCCUUCUGGUCGCCCGAACGUGGAAUAACUGCAGGACUUGUUUACUCAUCAGGAUUGCUCGACAAUAUGACGACUUCUUCCCUUCCUGUUUUAGAUAACAGCGACCCCCGUCUAAAACUGACGGUGCAAAACAGAAUUAGAAACAUUUUUGUAACACAAUCGGAAGACUCCAGACACAGGAAGGAGGACAAUGUCAACCACAUACCUCUUGUGACAGAGACAUCAAGCAGAGUCCUUGAGGCAGGAGUGAACACUUUGCAAAAGACCCUGGUUCUGAAGAAGCAGGCUGAGUUGGACGAGGUGGACCAGCAACUCACACUUAAACGGAAAGAGUUUAAGAACUAUGUGGAGGCUCUAGCUCAGAGAAGGUCUGAACUGGAAAUAAAGCAACAGCAGACUAAAGAGAGGGCAAUGAAGUUUGAGAAGUUUGUGGCUGAAAAUGAAGUGAAGCGACGCCGAGCGUUGAAGAAGUAUGAGGCUGCGCGGGAGCUGAACAUUGCGAAACAGAGAGAGAUAGAAGACCUGACAGAACAGUUGAAACAACUUAGAGCCAGACAGCAAGUUUUAAAGGAGAGAAUGGCAAAAUACAAAAUCUAUGAGGACUACUUGAUGAAAACACUAGAUUAUCUCCCCAGCACUUACCAUGAUAAUGGGUCUGAAUCUUUGGUUAUGCCCAUCAUUCGGCGCCACGAGACCCUGUCCAUCACCCACCGGGAGCUGCUGCAGCGUUUGGGGCGUCUGGAGGAGGAAGUGGAGCAGGGGCAGCGACAACUGCAGAUCAUGAAGCAGGAGCACAGUAUUAAAAAAUUGAUGGCCAAUAAGGAACUGUCUGAACUCCAGAGUGAGUUAGAAACCCUCAAAGAGAAGAACAAGCAGGCAGAGGUUAACCUGCUGAUGGAACAAGGCCUGUCCAGAGAGAAGGUUGAGAAAGUGGGUUGCUUGCUUAUGGCUAUCAACAACCUUGCAGAGCAGUGUUACCUAGCAGCAUAUGGACCUCUGGAAAACAUGAACAUACUGACAAGGAUGGACAUGGUGAAGGAGUACAUCCAGGACAAGGCAGACACAGAGAGGAGAGCGAGAAGACUGAUGGAGUUGGGGUCUGCCAUGACAAGUAGAACAGCUCUGACGGACAAAAGAGAGAGGGCAAUGAAGGGCAUCGGCAGUAAAACAAAAAUUAAAAGUUUAAGUUAAGUCAGUAGAAAGACUGAGACAAUCAGUUGAUGCAGAACUUUAUCAACAUGAUGUCACUGCUUACAGUAAUCAAAGUUUGUUCAGAGUUAAAGUUCAUUUUUAACCUUGGAAGCAGUAGUUUGACAAAAAAAAAGUAAAACAUGACAUGAUUUUUGUACAUACAUAUUUUGAGUUUGUGUAACAGUUUCAGUGUUAGAAACUCUUAAUGUAAAAUGAUAUGCACCCAAUUCUGCACCUACAAUUUCAUACAGAUUUUAAAAAUAGGGUGAUCAAGUGUAUUUGAGCAUCAGAACUUUAUAUGUAUCUCUGGAAUGUGGAAUCAUUGUUGCAUUUUAAAAAUACAAUGGUUAAAAUCAAA